GCACAACAGACACAUGGGGGCGUGGUUUGUCGGGGCUUCGUCUGCAGCUAGACCUUACUCCAUAAAAGGGAAGCAUUGUGUUUGCAAAGUUGCUAGCGCCAGUGAAAGCCCGUUGAAACAAGAAGCUCUGUAUCUAUCGUUUAUUCCGUACCUUUGAAUCUGGGACUCCGCUUGGGAUAUUUGGACCGACCGCUGCGUGAAACGACACUCUGCUAACAGGGGGCGUUCCUGUUUACAAACAAAAUUGCCCCUUUUAGCCGUUUGCCGAAUAGUUGGGAACGGAAGAUAACUUCAGCCUCGUGGACAAGAGGAAGGAACUGAAAAAGAAGACCGUUAGCAACGUUAGUUUAUCGUUGUUUAGCCUUGUGAGGUGAAUAUUAAACAUGUAUUCAGGAGAGUCUCUGAUGGAGUUUGUCACCAAGCAAGUAGCUAUUGCUAGAGAAAAAAUCAGGAAGGUUGAAGAAGCCAUGGCCCAGUUCGAGGAAGGGCUCGGUGGCCAGCGCAGACUGUCGGAUAUGAGCUGGAAACCACAGAGCAGCUCGCACACAGCAGAUCUUCCACAGCAUCAUGUCUGGGAAAAGGAGAAGGAUUCGACUGCCCAGCAGCUCUUUAACCAGGAGUCGAUCUCCUGUUCAGACCAGGAAGAACCAGAACAGCUAAAACUUUGCCAACAUGAAGGACAGCUCUUCCUGAACCAGGAAAAUCUUACCUUCACGGAUACUCCUCUGUCUGAAGAAACAGACUGUCAUGAACCAGAACCAAACAGGAACCAGCCAUUGUGUCAGAGUUCUACAGAUCCUGAGAACCAAGAUCAGGGUGGAUGCAGGAAUGAAAACUCAGAAUCAAAUGGCAAUGAAGAACUGAAACUGAAUAAAAGGCGUCAGCGAAGCAAAGAUCACAGAGACAGUGUAGGUGGUGAAAGACAAAAAAAGCACAAAGGGGCUCACAGUGGUGGGAGAUCAUUUUAUUGUAAGCUAUGUAGAAAAUCUUUCAGUCACAAAUCUUAUUUAAAUAUUCACAUGAGAACUCACACAGGUGAGAAGCCAUAUUCUUGUAAAACUUGUGGUAAAUGUUUUAGAACCAGUGGUGAAUUAACUACACACAUGAGAAUUCACACAGGUGAGAAGCCUUAUCCAUGUAAAACUUGUGGUAAAUGUUUUAGAACCAGUGGUGAAUUACCUACACACAUGAGAAGUCACACAGGUGAGAAGCCAUAUCCAUGUAAAACUUGUGGUAAAUGUUUUACUAUCAGUGGUCACUUGACUAGACACAUGAGAACUCACACAGGUCAGAAGCCAUAUUCUUGUAAAACUUGUGGUAAAUGUUUUACUAUCAGUGGUCACUUGACUAGACACAUGAGAACUCACACAGGUGAGAAGCCAUAUUUAUGUAAAACUUGUGGUAAACGUUUUAGAACCAGUAGUGAAUUAACUACACACAUGAGAAGUCACACAGGUCAGAAGCCAUAUUCUUGUAAAACUUGUGGUAAAUGUUUUACUAUCAGUGGUCACUUGACUACACACAUGAGAAUUCACACAGGUGAGAAGCCAUAUCCAUGUAAAACUUGUGGUAAAUGUUUUAGAACCAGUGGUGAAUUAACUACACACAUGAGAACUCACACAGGUGAGAAGCCUUAUCCAUGUAAAACUUGUGGUAAAUGUUUUAGAACCAGUGGUGAAUUAACUACACACAUGAGAGCUCACACUGGUGAGAAGCCAUAUUCAUGUAAAACUUGUGGUAAAUGUUUUGGAGACAGUUGUCACUUGACUACACACAUGAGAACUCACACAGGUGAGAAGCCAUAUUCAUGUAAAACUUGUGGUAAAUGUUUUACUAUCAGUGGUAACUUGACUAGACACAUGAGAAUUCACACAGGUGAGAAGUGAUUUAAUCUAUGAGAUUCAUUAAGGCAUUUUCUUUACCUUCUGAUUUGAAAAUUCACACUUGAGAUUGUAUUCAUUAAAAUAUGUUUGGCAACAUAUCAUAGAUGCCUUACAGUGCUCAAGUCAUGGGUGGAGACUUAUUUCAUCCACACUUCCUGUUAGAAAAACUCUUCUGAAAAGUAAUUAGCUGACAUCACAUUUUGUAGCUUAGCCAGCUUGCCUUAAGAAUGCAAAUGGGAUUGAGCUUUUGUGAGAGUCGAGUUAACUACACAGCAUCAACGAUAAUGAAUUGCGCUUGCGGGAAGCCUCCCACAGGCUGAUUCUUGCUGCCAAUCGGGGUUGGUAAUGGUAGGCAUGCUUUUGAGUUAGCCAGUCAGUCAGCAGUGGGCGUGUCUUCCCUGUUCGGCUCCAGGUGGACCUCCUUGGGAAGAGGGCUGAAAAGACAUCUGGAGUGAGAAAACUCUUAACCCAUGCCAUUAUUUUACUCAGAUCUUUAACUUGUGGUCACAUCUGCCUUAAAAAUGUUCUUGCUUUAUACCAGUGUCCCUCAAUAGGCGGUCCAGACCUGGCCUGAGAACCUUCAAGUUUUCAAUUCUACUCUGCUUGGCCAGGGAGCACAUUGCUUGUGAUGUGGAUGAGGCGCUGUGGCCAGAUAAAAACAGAAGAGCGGAUGCAGCACAGUUGUUUAUUUAUUUUUUUCUUUAUUCGUUUUAGCUUAACUAUUAAUUAUAGUCUUCUGUUUGUAUAUGUAGACCACUGCAUAGGCAACUCUGUGUUGGUUUGGAUGAACACUGCUGUUUUUGUGUUAAAACACACAAAAGUAUAUUUUGUAACGUGUUUGUGAGUUUUGUACACAAACAUUCUGAAAUAUUUUAUGUACAAUGCACUGUCGUAGUACAGUAGGUGUAACACUGAACACAAUAAGUCGUUAUGAUGACUGGAGAAGAAGUGGUCAUAAUGUUUUUCACAUCAGAGUUAAUCUGGUUCUUAUAAAUGUUUACUCAUGUAAUGGUUUGCGUGUCAUUUGGAAACCAAAGACCAUUUUGAGAAGAAUGUGCGUGUUUUUGGAUUCGUGUGUAGUUAUAAAAAUAUAUUGCAUGCUUUCAAAAAACGUGAGUAAACAACUGUGAAUAACUGUAAUUGUAAUUAUGUGUGAAAAGUGUUUUCCAGUUUAACAAGUUGGUAUGAAAAGUAGGGCAGCUGACUACAGUUUUUAAUGGCAGCGUGUUUGUUGUGAAAAUGAGAUUUCUUUCAUGAUUUCCUUGACAAACGUGUGUUUUUAAACUGUAAUGUAAGUGUGAAGCAGAGAUUGUGCUGGUAGUUUAGCAGAACUGGUUAGGGGAGUUGGCACAUCAGUUACAUGUUGUAGUCACUGUGCCAGAUAUAAAAAUAAUUGUGUGUAAACAACUGUAACAGCGUUAACAUUAAUGGAGGGAUCAUAUAUAGUUUAAUCAUUUUCAAAUAUAGAGAACAAUGGUUUUUGAUUAGUAUAUUGAUCUUAAUGAAAUAUGCCAAUUGGCUAUGUAAAAUAUCAGAUUAAUUACACAAAAAUGCUGUUUUUCCUCAGAUGAAUGGUCAGUGAAGCCAAACAAUAUAUGUUUAAAGGUGCAAUAUGUAAGAAUAUAGUGAAAAUUCUACAGUGAGAAAAUCCCCAAUGAAUGUAAUGUUCAGUCAUUUUGGAAGGAAGGUUGUACUGAAACAUAUUUCAUAUCCAGCAGCCGGGUUAUGUUUGAGGUUGAAAUGGCUCUGAGGGACAGACACAACCAGGUUGGAGUGGAUGCAGGGGACAAGCUGAGUUUUGUGGCAAGGAGAAAGGGUAAGAAAAGGCCUCAGGAGUUAGAUGAUGAAAUAUCAUGAGCACACUUAAUCACAACAGUCGCAAAACUUGUCUCUGAGGGUGUUAGCGGUGGGAAAACAUCAACAGCAGUCAGCUUCUGUUGACGUUACACACAAAGCUGAGAGCUAAGCAGAAGUUCCCGUGAAGCCGCUAGACACACACAGACGGGGCCCCUCAAUUGCUUCUGCUCCGCUGUAUCCCUGCCACCUCCUUACAGGUAUGACAGCUCUGCUGUGUGUGAGCAUGGACUCCAAGCUCCUGUCUUUAAGGUAACUGGAGGCCUAAUUGAGGAUCAAGAGGUUGUUUCGCCCACACUCGUGCAGGAAAAAGUGCUAGUUGACUUAAACUGACCCAAACAAAAAGGAACUUGAAACCUUGGCCACCCAAACCGCGAGCCAAAUGAGGGAACACUCACUUCUCACUCUUCCACAUUUUCUCUGACAUCACACUUUCUAUAGACACAGUCAUGAUUCAGUAUGUUGAUGACAUUUCAAUAGCCUCCACACCUGCUCAGACUUGUCUGUCAGACACUCACUCCAUUCUGUCCAUGCUCGCUUCGGCUGAGUUCAAAGUUUCCAAAAACAAACUAGUGUUGUAGGUCUGUGGUGUCAUUUUUGGGCCACCUCGUGUCACGGACCGGUCAUGAAAUGUCUCCCUCCCACCGCUCCUCCAUUUUACACCAUCCCCUGCCUGUCACUGUGAAAGACAUGCUGUGUUUUUUGGACCUCACUGGCUAUAACCGUCAGUUCAUUCCUGAUUAUGCAGAUAUGACCCCCUUUUGCUUGCGUUAGUGAACAAACAGGGUAUGAGAAAUCUGUCUGUACCUUUAUCCUGGACUUUUGACUCUGAACAAUCGCUCAUUGCUCUCAGGCUCUUGCUACCUGUUGAGAGGAGACUUGUGGCAGACUCGGUGGUCACAUUUUCGAGUCUGGGCCAAGCUCAUCUCUGUGAAAACCUCUGACCUCCUGCCAUUCCGCUCCUGCACACAGGCCCCAGCUCCUGAAAUGUGUGUGAACUCUGCACUUCCGCUCCUGACUCUGAAGUGUGUGCGUGGGCCUCUGCCCUGCACCCGCUCUGCACUCAGUUCUGUGGAACAAGCUGACUGGGUCUAACAGAACCAAGAGGUAAGAGGUGUGAACGCUGCAUGUGUAAAGAAGAACAGGAAAAGAAGAUGGGGACAGGAAACCACAGAAAGUCACACCAGAAGAAUGGGCCUGCAAGAGAGGCGAGAGGCAGUUUUUGUGCUGCAAAAAUAAAGAUGUGAAUUUUCCUCUCAACGGGUGUUAAAAAGUUGACGAGACAGUAACAGAUCAGGAAGAAUGAAAAAAAUAUUGUAAUGCAUAAUGUGGGAGGGGGGAAAUAAAAGUGUUUGGGGUUCCUGUCAGGGAGAGAGUUGGUGAUUGACAGUUGAAGUGUGUGUUACACAGAGAGAGCUUGUUUUCCCGCGGAUCUGCUAGACUCGGGUUUUUGAUAAGAGCUUUUCCUAUUUUGCCUACGCUAUUGUUCCUUGUUUGAUCUGCUCCAGCAGCCAGCCUCCCGCUGGCUCGCGUUGAUCAGAGCAGCAGCAAUGAGCUCUGUCCUUCACAGCCAGUGAACUGGACAAGGAACAGUUAAGUUUUGUUUUUCACUGAAACGUAUAGUUUUUGAGCUGGUUGUUGUGGUUCGUUCUGCGCAUGUACAGAACCGUGCUCUGCCUUGGCGGUGACGUCAUCACAUUGUUUCCCUAUGCAAAGCAUCAUGGGAAAUGAAGUGCCUCUGAUGCUGAUGAUGGAAUAUGCUCUUUCAGAGCAAUUUCUAGCACAGUCUCUGGAGAAAAUCACUGCAGUAAUUUCCUCAUGAGGUCAGACCCUCAACAUUUAUAUAUAUAUAUAUUAGGGGUGGGCCGUUAUCGGCGUUAACGCGCUGCGGCAAAGCCAGACUCUUAUCGCGCGAUAAAAAAAAUGACGCCGUUAAUCUAUUCUCAAAGUUGGGCUGGGAUCUGGGUCUAUACUAAGUAAACUAUGAUGACUUUCACAUUGCGCGGAUGGAUACCUGGUUGGCGCGGAUGUGUACUCGGCGCAGAUCAUCGUACGUAUGGACGGACGCCAGGCUCGCGGAGUUUAAUGUUCCCCAUGCAGCCGAACAGUCGCACAGUCGCCACCAGCAGCGCUUCUCCCAUCUCAUCGUGCGGGACAAGUAAAUAAUUUAUGUACUUUAACCAGAGUUUAAUCCAUAAAUCCGACUUUCAUUCUUUUUAUUUUAUUUUGUUUACCCCCGACAUUUCCAGCCGGGCUUUCCCCGGGCCACACUUCACCGUCCGCGGCCGAAGCAGCGCUCGGAUGUGAGAAAACCGAGACAAAACUUUCUCAGACAGGUGCGGUUUCCAACUAAGUUUAGCUAUUUUAGCAGCUGUUUAUUGUGAUAAAGAGAUAAAUUGUUUCUACAGGUCGUUGUUCAUGUGGCUUCGACUCAAAUUUACCUGUAAUAAUAAACAUUUUACUCAUAAAUUCUUAUAUUUAUUUAGAAAAGUUCAGCUAGGAUAACUCCCCUUGCCAUUUUCAGAGACAACAACAGCAACAGUUGGCUUCUGCUCAUACAGGUGAGCUGUGGCAUCAUUUCCAGCUCUCGCUCCUAUUCACCAGAGGCGAUCCUACAUGCAAACUAAAGGGGGGCAUUGGAAGGGCACCCCAGAAAUUUAACCCCCUCCCCAGGCCAGAUAGUUUCUGUGUGUGUAUGUAUGUAUGUAUGUCUGUAUGUGUGUGUGUGUGUGUGUGUGUGUGUGUGUGUAUCUAUAUACUUUUUUCUUUAGCAGGCCAUAUUGUGUAGAAGAGAAGAACUAGUUUGUCACCAGACAAUGUGAACAAGCUGGUCUGCUUGAGUGACUGGUGGAAGAAGGAGAAAUAGAGCUUGGACUGACUGACCAAAUGCUACUAACUGUAAAUAGUUAAUCAUGACCUAUUCUGUUGACCUACAGUGCAGAAUUUAUUGAACUGAAUAAACAGCUAUUAAACACAAAUACUUAUUGAUCAUUAUUUAUUUUCAUCAUCAGUUAUCGUAGUAAAACUGCUUUAUCAGUCUGUGAUGCAUUACUGAAACAAGAAAUACGCCUCCAUUCUCAAAGACUUGCUUUUAUUCAUUAUCUAGGUAGCACACACAUAUGCCUUUGGCAGAAUUUGAAUGUGCCAUUUUAAUCUAGAUUAAUCUAGAUUAAUUCCAAGAUUACAGUGAGAUUAAUCUAGAUUAAAAAAAUUAAUCUAUGC